CAGAUUACUGCAUUAUGCUAAAACGAGUUGGCAAUCGCCCUGCAAAGGCUAUGGAAACCACGAUCACUAUUUUUUUUAAUGCGCUCCCAAAACGGAAAGCUUGAAACCUUCCCCUAGAAACCAGAUAAAUUACUGCUGAAUUUAUUAUUUUUUUCCACCCUUUUUGGCUGAGAUCCUUUCGCUCGGGACGUUCUGGAAGAGAUGGGUGUCUCCACUGAAAAGAUGCCACGCUGGGCGUAAUCAGACCAACUUUGCUUUACAGAAACCCAGGAACGUUCUAUUUUCCAAAGUGGGAUCCGGGGAACCCUGGAAGGUGGAUACCCGGGAUCUGGUUCUCCCAGAUGCUCCUCCGUAUGGAUAAUUCGGGAGAGGAGCGCUGCGAUCCGCUGCAGGCUUUACUAUCAGCCUGGGGGAGGGGGUGGUAGAGGUACAAAUUGAAAGUAAAAAGAGCUUUGCAACAACCGGGAAGAAGAACAGAGACCUGGCAGGUGCCUUAACUCCAAGAAAUCCCUGAUUCAGGAAGCUACAGUAAUACAAAAUCAAGGAUCGACUCAGGUUUGAUGGCAUUUCUUCCCCCAUCAGUGAUGACAAUGGAGAGGAACAUGGAUUUCUAGGGAGAAUACAGUUGGACCACUCAGGGGGCAUGUUGAGGAUUCGCGAGCCCCAAACAUGAAUGCUUUGUAUGCCUGACCGUAAGGCAUGAAAACAAUUAGGAAGAAAAGAUUUUGGGCAUCCUGCUUCUGCUUUAUGGCUCUCUUUUUUCUCCUGAUCACUUUCCAGGUGAUUGUAGAACUUGGCAAGUCUGAACAGUUGACAACAAAAAACUCAGUUUCACAAAAUGAUGCUUCCAAAGAAGAUGAGUUCCAGAAAUAUCCUUCUCUGUUUUUCAAAAGGCCAAAACUUGACCACAAUACAGGAAAAAAAUUGAACAAAGACAGGUAUCCCAUCUUGCUGUGGUGGUCCCCGCUCACAGGAGAGUCUGGACGGCAGGCUCAGUGUGGCCAGGAUGCAUGUUUCUUUACCAUCAACAGGACUUAUCAACAUAAUCCUAUGACUAAAGCCUUCCUUUUCUAUGGUACUGAUUUCAGCAUAGACAGCUUACCUCUGCCCCGUGCAGACUAUCAUGACUGGGCCCUUUUCCAUGAGGAGUCCCCUAAAAACAACUACAAGCUUUUCCAGGCUCCCACCAUCACUUUGUUCAACCACACAGCCACGUUCAGCCGCCACUCGCACCUACCACUUACCACCCAGUACCUUGAAAGUAUUGAGGCCUUAAAGUCCCUGAAAUACACAGUUUCUUUGCAAGAAAAGAACAGCUUGCGGAAGAGACUUGCGCCCCUUGUCUACGUACAGUCUGACUGUGAUCCUCCCUCUGACAGAGACAGCUACAUAAAGGAGCUGAUGGCUCACAUUGAAAUUGAUUCCUAUGGGGCAUGUCUGCAUAAUAGAGAUCUUCCUGAGCAUCUCCGAAAUCUGGCUUCCAUGGACAGCAAUGGUUUCUACGAGAUACUUGCUCAGUAUAAAUUUGUCCUGGCUUUUGAGAAUGCAGUCUGUGAAGAUUAUAUCACUGAAAAACUCUGGAGGCCACUAAAGCUGGGAGUAGUCCCAAUUUAUUAUGGCUCUCCCACUAUUCAGGACUGGCUUCCAAGCAACAAGAGCGCCAUUCUCAUCACAGAAUUUUCACACCCGAAGGAGCUGGCUCAAUAUAUCAAAGCUCUGGAUGUAGAUGACAAGGAAUAUGCGGCCUACCUUGAAUGGAAGCUGAAAGGUGACAUUUCCAACGAACAGCUGCUUGCUGUUAUCAGAGAACGCACGUGGGGAGUGCAAGAUAUCAUGAAGGACAAUUACAUAGAUGCCUUUGAGUGCAUGGUGUGCACCAGGGUAUGGGAAAAUAUCAGGAGACAAGCAAAGGGAAUGCUACCAAGAAGGUGGAAGGCAGAGGCAAACCAUCUGAGCUGCCCCAGACCUCAAGCAUUUGCUUUUUCUCCUCUCAGUGUGCAGAGAACAGUUCUGCAGGAGGUGUGGCGAUCAAGCUUUGAACAGUCUAAGAGAGAAGCUCAUGCGCUGCAGCAGCUGGUAGAAAGGAACAGGAAUUUCACAACCCUGGAGUUUUGGACUCUGGUUUUUAGAGAGUAGUUUAGAAAACAAGGAAUACUUACCUCGAGGUAGGAAAAACAGCAACCAGAAAAAGCCGGUAGCGAAAAAUCAUUGUUUAAAAUAAAGUAGGAAGUGACUUGUAACAACUGAAUGUAUGAAGAUAUGAUAUUUAGUGACUAUUUAUCAUGACCUCAUCUUGUAAUACAUGCUUUUACUGAUGAUACUAAGACAGUAUCUUUAACAUGUGUAGAUUAAUACGAGAAUAUAAUAAAAUCCAUGCCUUUC